AUGGAAGAAAGUAUUGUACAACCAGAUGUACUUUCAAAACGAUCAAAAUUUACUUAUAGUGUUGGUCAUGUUCUAAAUGAUGUAACUGCAGCAAUGUGGCUUUCAUAUUUUAUUGUAUUUUAUUAUCGUGUUAUGAAUUUUAUAAAUGCACCUGCUGGUUAUUUCUUCUUAAUUGGACAAAUAGUUGAUGCUGUAUCCACAAUAUUUGUUAGUUUAGCAUCGGAUCGUACACAAACUGGUUUAUUUCAUUAUGGAAAACGUAAAACUUGGCAUCUUAUUGGAGUUGUUUGUGUACUUAUUUCAUUUCCAUUUUGUUUUAAUUUAUGUAUUGGGUGUCAAAAUAGUAAAUUCUGGAUACAAUUUAUCUAUUAUGCAAUAUUCAUCACUAUUUUUCAAUUUGGUUGGGCAAGUUCACAAGUUGCACAUUUAGCAAUGAUCAAUGAAUUAACACAUAAAGAUGGUGAACGUGUUGCACUUAAUUCAUAUCGUUAUGCUUGGACUUUCCUAUCAAGUACAUCUUUAUAUGCAACUGCCAGUUUUUUUUUUAGGGGGUAA